AUGGAUAACGAAUCUCAGCACUUCGUCAAUGUAUGCUAUGCAUUCUUAUCCUAUCAUUCAGAUGCCAAUGAAAAUGUUGAAAAUAUGUACAGAUGCUUCAAACAUUUGAGUGACGAUGAUCUACAACUCUUAAUUGAAUCACCGACAGACAGAAUUUCUAAGAUUUUAUCUUGUAUACAGAUGAAUUAUGAUUUUAUACUACUUUUAUUGCAAGCACAAACACAUAUGGACUUGAAUGUGGACCCUGGAUGUGACAUAAUGUGUAAAUUGCGCUGCUUAUAUCGCACUUCCGGAUUUUGCCAAAUACCAGACAAUAUUCCUGAUUCAAUUAUCGCACCAUCUUCCGAAUAUAGAGAACGCCAUAUAAAUUCUGUUAGAUCCACUCUUAGACAAUUCAUGCGAGAUUGGUCAGCACUGGGUAAACAGGAAAGGGAUUGUUGUUAUCGCCCAUUACUACAUUCAUUGGUUGAACAUGUAAAGAUUGACCCAAACCGAGAAAUUCCCAGAGUAUUAUGUCCUGGCAGCGGACUGGGCAGAUUGCCAUAUGAAGUUGUACAACUUGGGUACUCUUGCCAAGGGAAUGAAUUCUCCUAUUUCAUGCUUAUGGGAUCCAACUUCAUCCUAAACCAUUCAAUUGAACCUGAAUCACAAACCAUCUUCCCCUUUUGUCUAAACACAAGUAAUAGAAAAAAACACGAUGAUCAUUUGCAACCGGUGCUAAUACCUGAUGUAUCUCCUGUUGUCAGUAAUACAAUAUUGGACAAAUCUAAUGGUCCCAAAUUGUCGAUGACAGUAGGGGAGUUUGUUGAAGUUUAUAGCGAGUCCAAUGAAUUAUGGGAUGGCGUGUUGACUUGCUUUUUUUUGGAUACAGCAAAGAAUAUUAUAGAAUAUAUCCGCACAAUUGCCAAAUUGGUUAAAAUUGGCGGCCUAUGGGCCAAUAUAGGCCCCUUGCUGUACCAUUAUGUCGAUACUCCUGGAACAAUAUCAAUUGAACUUUCAUGGGAAGAAGUACGUAAAAUAAUUGAGAAAUGGUUUACUAUUGUGAAAUUUGAAUGGAGAGAAACAUAUUACACGACAAACUACAACUCUAUCAUGCAAGUCAAAUAUAAAAGUAUUUUUUUCGAGGGAAUUAGGAAUGCAAAUGUUGUACAGGGUGUGUCAAAUCCUGUUUGGGACGUUGUAAUCCCGGAAUAA